GGAUAAUCUGAACCAACAAUUAUUCAAUAUUUGCAACUACUUCCACUUUAUCCUAUUUCACUAUGUCUCGCAUGGUGACGACAUGCUGGAACCUUGCUCCAGUAACCAGUCAAUUGCUUCCUAUUGCCAGUAGAGCUGCUGCUUCUACUGCUUUCAUCAAAAACCUCUCACUUCCAGCCAGGCGGGCUCCGGUGAUCGGAGCCAGAUCCUUUUCAUCGAAUACUAGGUCCAAUAGUCGAGUCAGUAAUCUUCGUCUUACUCCAGCGCUGGCUGUAUCCACGGGGCUUGUCCUCAGUUACUAUCUUUACCAACGAGGCCCCCAGCCAGUGAAGCUGGGCCUGGCGCCAGAGAAGCCAGAGAAGCUAAAAUGUGCCCAUUGCGUGGACGAGAAGCCAGAGGUGAUCCAAGAAAAGGCUGUUGGAUGUUGUGAAGACGAACAAACCACUACGUACCAGGAGAAGCCUCUUUCAUGCUGCGUCGAUGAUGAGGCAUCCAUAGCCAUGGUACCUGCUAUUGGCGGAGAUCAUAAGCACAAGAUCUUCGAGACCGUUGACGACGAGACAUUGCUGAUCUCAAAGCUCCCCAAAGAAGACGCCAUCCUCACAACGGCGCCAAAUGUUCCUCCUUCUAUCACAAGAGACCAUCCUGCUCUUGUCAGGGUUCCGCUGGUAACUACAACUAAGCUAGCGCAGCUGACCAGCCAGUAUAAAUACGAACAGUGGACUUUCAACGGCACUGUCCCUGGCCCUUUCAUUCGGGCCAAAGUCGGAGAUGUCGUGGAGCUGAGCCUCACAAAUAAAGACCCCGCAGGCAAUCCUCACAAUAUCGACUGCCACGCAUUCACUGGCCCUGGUGGUGGUGCCGCUGUUACUACCGCUGAAGAGGGCGAAACCAAGGUCGGCCGCUUCAAGCUCCUUUACCCCGGUCUCUACGUGUAUCAUUGCGCCGCCGCGCCUGUUCCCGUUCACAUUGCCAACGGCAUGUACGGCCUCAUGUACGUGCAGCCGGAAGGCAAUGACCUACCACCCGUGGACAAGGAGUAUUAUGUUAUGCAGAGCGAGUUCUACCAUGAGCCACCAGAGGUUGAUGAUGACGGUCGACGAUCCGAAAUUGUCGAGUUCUCAUAUCCCAAUGGUCUUCGUGAAGAACCCCAAGUCGUUGCCUUCAACGGUAGCGAGUCUGCCUUGACAAGAGAUCAUCCUCUCAAGGCUCAUGUCGGUGACGAUGUGAGAAUCUUCUUCGGAAAUGCUGGACCAAACCUGACUAGUUCAUUCCACAUCAUAGGCACGCACUUCAAGAAUGUGUACCGAGAUGGUGGCGUGACCAGCAACCCAUCAAAGGGUAUUCAGACCGUUUCUGUUCCUUGCGGUGGGUCAACGAUCGUCGACAUGAAGAUGGCUGUCCCAGGAACGUAUACACUGGUUGACCAUUCCAUUUUCCGUUUAGACAAGGGUGCAGUGGGCUUUCUCAACGUUUCUGGACCGCAGAAUCCGGGGGUCUACCAGAGUUCCCAACCGCCAAGGCCAUGUGUGGGUUGCAAAUUGCACUCCUGAUCAGAUCAUGAACUUCUUUGAAAUGGAGCUAGCAGGCAUGAGCAGCGGCUGAAUAGCUAUAGGUUUAGCAUCUCCGGCUUUCGGGGUGACGACUUGGUCCGCGUUCUACCUGUCUUUUUGGGUUUAGUUUGGUUGAGGGCACAGUUUGGGUGGGGACAUCGUGUAUGAAGGUAUUCACAGGAGCGUUGUCAAUGACUUAUGAGGUUUAAGAACGAAGAAGGUUAUCUCAAGAGUUUGAUGACUUGAACGGUUUCAGUUUGAUUAUAUCCAUAUUGGAAAGAUUUUUCAUUGGCGUCAUGCACUUUUCUUAACUUAAUGCACCUAGUAUGAUGGAUGGUUCAAAUUGAGGCAUCAGAACACUUUCCAGAUAUCUUGUAUGCCAGGUGCAACAUCGAAUCACAAAGAUUCGUUUUCUCAUCAGUGCCAGGCAUCCACCGC